CAUCAGCGCGAGGUGACGGGUGCAUGCUGUCUUAAUCUUUUCACUUAAAGGGGGAUGAAAAAAAAACCAGAAGGGGGCCUGAAAAAAAAAAAAGGUGUCGGAUGCUUCAGAAGCAACACCUGAUCUCUCCUUUUGUUCACUGAGAGACACACAAAAAAAAGUUUGAUUAAAAAAAGUCCUUACAGCUCCACCAGGCAGACUGAAAGCGUUCUUUUUUUUUUCUGUUUGUUUGCAGAGCGGAGACAAAGAGGGAUGGAGGUGUUCACAUGAAACAGCUUUGCCCACCUCCACCCCGCAUCUGCCCGUCAUCCAUUCUUCAACUUGACAUCCUCCUUCCACCACUCAGACAAGGGGACCAAGAGGAGGAGGAGGAGGAGGAGGAGGAGGCGAGAAGAGUCUGUGGCACAUGCAGUUUUUAACGCUUCCAAGGCUGAGCGGGAAAGUGGCAGCAACUUCCACCAGCAGUGAGAUGAACGCUGGGGUGAGGAAGACCUGGACCACUCGGAUGGACCGUGGACCCCAUAAAGAGCUGAAAGAUGAGAGGGGUCCACCAUCACUUUAGUUGGGGAAGGUGUCCAUCUCCAGCAUGUCCAUGUUAUUCCUGAUACUUUGCAAGACUGGUCUGAGACACAAACUCCGGAUGCUUCCAGGGAAAAUGGUCAACACUGUCUACAGUGAUGAGGAGAAGGGAAUCCAAGACAGGGAAAGCAAAGAGGAGACCAUCUUGGCCAUGUUGGGCAUCAUUGGGACCAUUCUCAACCUGCUAGUCAUCAUCUUUGUCUACAUCUACACCACGUUGUAGAGCGCUCUGCUUUUGCAGCGCUGGACCGCCAAGCUGCGGCCAUGUGGACCAAUGAGGAGACAGGCAGAGGAGCGCGUUGGCGGACAGAAGCCAAGCCAUACAAACAUCCAGUUAGUUGGGACUUGUACAUAAUGCAUGAAGACUGCGGGCCGAUCAGGCUUUAAGGAGCAGCUUUUCUCCACUCAUGGACAUCAAAAGAUGGCAAAUACUUCUUUUUUAAUGAAUAUUAUUAAGUCAAAUAAAGCUGUAACGUGUGCUUUUAAUUCAACAUGCGGGUUUUGGGGCUUUUUCUAAAAAUAUUUUCUCAAUAAAACCUGUGUCUUUUUGACCAGACGUGUGUAAAAGAUCAGAUAUGAUCAUACAGUUGACUUUUAAAAUGUGGUCGUUUUUGUGCUAUAUUCUUGAGGAGAAAAAAAAAGUGUGUAAAUUUGUGUAAAACUUUGUUAAAAAGAGAUUUCAUGGAAUUUUAUGGAUAUAUCACUAAAUAUAUUUCAUUUCAUAUUUCAAGAACAAGGGAGAAUUUGAACUCGUUUAUAUAAGAAACAUUUUUUGACUACAUUUCACAUUACUAACAUUUUAUUUGUGAGUAAAUCAACAGCGCCUCUGCUGGUCCCAGCCCUGUACUGCAAUCAGUUUUGAGUGCAGUACAUGGCUGGCACCAGCAGAGGCGCUGUUGAUUUAGACAAUUUUUUAUUAAAGGCCUACUGAAAUUAGAUUUUCUUAUUUAAACGGGGAUAGCAGGUCCAUUCUAUGAGUCAUACUCGAUCAUUUUGCGAUAUUGCCAUAUUUUUGCUGAAAUGAUUUAGUAGAGAACAUCGACGAUAAAGUUCGCAACUUUUGGUCGCUAAUAAAAAGCUUUGCCUUCACGGGAAGUAUGUGCACGGGACGUCACCGGUGUGAGGGCUCCUCACAUUCUCACAUUGUUUAUAAUGUGAGCCACCAGCAGUAAGAGCAAUUCGGACAAUUUCCCCAUUAAUUUGAGCGAGGAUGAAAGAUUUGUGGAUGAGGAUAUUGAUAGUGAAGGACUAGAAAAAAAUAAAAUAAAAUAAAAAGCGACGGCUCCGGGCGGCGGCAGUGUGAGCGUUUCAGAUGAAAUUAGACACAUUUACUAGGAUAAUUCUGGAAGAUCCCUUAUCUGCUUAUUGUGUUACUAGCAUUUUAGUGAGAUUGUAAAGACAUACCUGAUAGUCAUAUGGCUGCGGUGAACACGCCAGUGUCUCAGAGAGAAGCCGAGGAGCUAAGCUCACAGCUGUCUUUUAUGACAGCUACUGCAGGAGGACGAAUAAUCCACUGUCUCCGGUAAGAUAUAUAUCACAAUUUUCCCAUCCAAAAACAUGCUGGAUGACGUAGACAAACAUGUUGGUUUGACCGCUCUGUGUUAAAGCUUCACAACAAACAAAGAAACAUCGGCUGUGUCUCGGUGCUAAAGGCAGCUGCCAACAGCAUUGGUCUUUAUAGUCUGCAUUAUUAAUUGAACAAAUUGCAAAAGAUUCAGCAACACAAACGUCCAAAUUACUGUGUAAUUAUGUGAUGAAAAGAGACGACUUUUAGCCGUAAGUGGUGCUGAGCUAGUAUGUCCCCUCCAACCAAUAACGUCACAAACAUACGCGUCAUCAUUCCGCGACGUUUUCAACCAGAAACUCCGUGGGAAAUUUAAUUUAGUAAACUAAACGGGCCGUAUUGGCAUCUGUUGCAAUGUUAAAAUUUCAUCAUUGAUAUAUAAACUAUCAGACUGCGUGGUCGGUAGUAGUGGGUUUCAGUAGGCCUUUAUAAGAAAAAUCAUACAAUUAAUUAAUUUUUCAAACUGAGACUCACUGGCCGUAGCUCAUUUUCUGUGAAGAACAUAUAUCAGAAUACAUAUUUAAUGACCACACACCAUACAAAAAUAAACCUACUCAGUGGCCUACUGGAUAGAGUGUCCUGAGAUCGGUAGGUCAUGAGUUCAAAACCCGGCCGAGUCAUACCAAAUACUAAAAAAAUGGGACUCAUUAGCUCUCUGCUUGGCACUAAGCAUCAAGGGCUGGAAUUGGGGGUUAAAUCACCAAAAUGAUUUCCGGGCACGGCCACCGCUGUUGCUCACUGCUCCCCUCACCUCCCAGUGGGUUGAGGGCGAUGGAUCAAAUGCAGAGGAUAAUCUCACCAUACCUAGUGUGUGUGACAAUCAUUGGUACUUUAACUUUUUUUUUUUUUUUAAUCAUCACUAAAACGACUUGGUGGUAGUUUAUCAUCUAUGUUUAGCAACAUUUAGUAACACAAUUCUAAAAUUGACCUGUGUUCGAAAAACAAACACUCCUAUUCAAGACUUGUUUUUGGAAAAAUGUUUCAGGGUUGUUUACAGUAAAAAAUCAAAUUUGCUUGCAUGUGUGAGUGUUAGGUAGAAAAGCGGUGACUUUCUUGGAGAACACUCAUUUGAUUUGCAAAAUAAAAAAAAGUCAGUUAGUUCUCGCAAAAAAACAAAUCCUGUCUUUUACUUGAGUCAAUAAGGUAUAUGUUUUUUAUAUUCAUGUAAAAGUCAUUGAAUUACUUUACAGAUGCUACUGAUGUGAUCCCAUUCCGGAUCACAUCUUGAGUUUAUGUUUAAGUCCCUUUUUGUGUUUUGCUUAUUUCUGGACUCCGCCGAUCCCUUUGUUUUCAUUUGUCACCAUGGCGACUUAAUUUUCUCCUC